CCAGAUAAUAUUAACGAGUUUACUAUUUAUUCUGAUUCCUAUAAGGAACAAAAUAUCCCCGCUUUUCAAGAAAUCUAUCCCUUUUCUUAUCAAGCACGUACCGAUACUGGAUACAUUAUGCAAAAUAACAAUCUUAUAGAUAACGCACCCAUUAAUUAUU